AUAUAGACCUGUAAUUCCUAAAACUAUUUCAUAUCUUUGUUAGUUACAGAGGAUGUUAGAUGGCUAAAUUUUAUAACUCACAGUGGAAUUUUAUUGGAAUGGACAAGAUUCUUCAGUUUUUGCAACUUCUCCUUAUUUUGGAAGUUGUCUCUUCUCGUGAAUGCUACUUGAGGAAUUUGCCUGAGAAAUGGUGCAACAAAGAGAUGAAAAUAUUAUUUGACGAAAGUCAGAAGUGGGAAACUUUUAAUUGUUCAAACCAAGAUUGUGGUUCCAAGAUCAUGUUCUUCAAUAAUGAUGAGUUUAAACAAUAUCUCACAGAAGAAAUUAGCAACAACUCAAUCACAGAACUUUUUGUCUAUGAAAAUCAUAAAAUCCAGAAGGAUGAAACGAAAAACUUGCAAGAUAAUUUACCUGAGGAAAACCUGGCUCUAAUCGAAAUGGGAAACGACUCACUGGUGAUAAGAAAUCAAUCCAACAAUGUAUAUCUUACAUCUGUAGGGUAUAGCGACAAUGGCAACUACUGGUAUUUUGCAGUGAUUGAUAACAAUAAACAAUACAUAAUUAAAGAAAGCCAGGGCCCUGAUGAAUUUUGGCAGUUAAUUAAUGUUGGAACGCAGAAUAACGAAUACCUGCAGAUUGGACAGUUAGGCAGCACUGUGGUGUUGAUGAGCGAUACACACCUGUAUGAACUUGGUGACUCCUUGAAAGACAUUUGUAUAGCUCGGAGGAAUUCAAACACAUGUAAAAGCUCAUGCUCAAAACCUGCGCUGCGAGGAACAGUUGAUCCCAAAACCUUCAUCCGUGAAGGCCGGACAUAUAUUAAUACUACAAUAAACCUCAAAGACUCCAGAGUCUUUAUGUUUCCUGAGAAGGGGUGCAGUGAACAACAGGAAAUGAAAAAUAUCAUUUGUUAUAGCAGUCAAACUUCAAUUUUCAUUCCAAAAUGGAAGAAAGCAGAAGAUGUACUCUUUGUCAUCAAGAACCUCACUGACGGGAUAACGACAAUGACAUUUUCCUAUAAGGAAAACCCUGAAAUUACAAAUAUUUCUUCAAAGGAUUUUUAUAAUUGGACUAAUUACACCAGAAAUUGCACAACCAAUAACGUUGACCAUGUCUGUAAUGAGAGUGGCAAACCCUUGGUUUUUCAAGGCAAUUAUUUCAACAACGUGAAAUCCGUAUCAGUAACACCCGAUGGGUUAUUCACAUGUACCCGUGGGGCAACAGAUAUUCAGUGCAACAUGAUCAGUUACGAAGGAAGCGGUAAAGCUGUUCUAAACCUUGACACUUACAAGGAGCCAUUCAGCUAUACACUACAUGAUGAGCCAGUCUUUGAAAAGGUCAACAUUUUCAAAAAAGACUUGAAGAAUUUGGAGAUUUUCGGCAAAAGAAUGAAUUCUUCAGCUACAACUGAUGACUACAAAAUUACUGUGAACAAAGAACCUUGUUCUCUAACUUCACUGAAUCAUGAUAACUUGCGGUGUCAAUUGAAUGCCUCUAUUGAAAUGAAACUUCCUUAUGACGUCAAGAUCAUCCUUCAACAACGAAUGUUUUCUCUGAAAUAUAAAGAGGAAUCAAAUUUAAUUCUUCGAAUUGUAAUACCUGUAAUUGGAGCGCUAAUUGGAGUGCUAACCUUGGUGAUUAUCUGUUUUGUGUUCAUGAAAUGUGUGAAGAAACAGAAGGCAGAAUAUGAUAUCGACAUGCCCAUUACCAUGGGAAUUUAUAAGGAACCAGACUUUGUCGGGCAGAAAAAGAAUAAUGAUGUGGCGGAAAUCGAUGUUCCAUUUCAGAAAAUGACCCAAUAUAUCGAACAAAUAUUAUUGAUAGAUAAACCACGUGGAUACAAAAAAAAUCCUGGCGGGAAAAAAUUACCUUUCGACAUUCAGGAGAAGCUGGGCCACUUUGAGGUGUUGUUGAAAAAUAAAUUUUUUAUUUUGAACGUUAUAAAGGCCAUGGAAAGGAAGAAAAAUAUUUGUCACAACGAAAACUACGAACUCUCGCUUCACUUGUGUCUUCUCCUGUCCUUCAAUUUAGGCUUUUUACGGGAAUUAUGUGAGGAAUUAUUCAAAGACCUCAUUCAUCACACCAAAGAAAAAGAAAAGAAGAGAAUCAUGUCACGGUUUGACUCAAUAGCGGAGAGUAUCAUAAAGAACUGGUUGGCUUUAUCCAUGUACCCUUAUAUCAAGUUUAAGUUCGAACCAUUGCUGUACAAUUUCGUCAACGAAGUUCGACAGUUUCUGACGCAAGGACCUGUUGACGAAGUGACAGGGAGCAGUCAACACUAUUUCUUCAAAUCUUGCAGCAUUUCCAAACCAAUAGAGUACAAGAAGAUUAACGUUCAGCUAAUCUACACAGGAAGAUUUGUUCGAGUGCCUAUUCUGUCUUGUGAUUCUAUCUCACAACUAAAGACCAAAUGUCUUGUGGCUUACCAAGCCGAAAAUAUCAGCUGUGUCCUGCUCAACCCAGAAGACAUUCAAAUAGUGUACAGAGGUUCAAUUCUGAGCGAAUACACGGAAGAGGUGGACAGCAAUGGCUACUCCUUGAUGGCAACGGUCAACAUGUACAGUAUCAAAGAUGGAGAUCAGUUGCAUUUCAAAAAAGUUGCAAAACCAGCCACGUCUGAUAUCGAAACCAGAUAUGUCACUCUUGGAGCCAGUGUUAGUGUUGUAUCAAAGAAAGUCAACAAGUCUUAUCACUUGGUCGCCGGAGAUAAACGAAAAGCUCUAUCGAUGACUGACAUUAGCCACAUGAAGCUUCCCACAGAACUGGAAGCUCUUCUGCUGAAUUUGUUUUCCAAAGUGCUGGACCAAGCAUACACUGCCCCACCUCUAAGAUAUCUUCACAAUUUCUUUAUUCAUCAAGCAUCGAAGUUUUCACUGGACGCCGGAAGCCAAUGGACAAUCAACAGUUUUGUUAUCCAGAUGUGUUCCCAGUUUAUUUCUCAUCCGAAUAUUCUUCUGGAUAUACCCAUAGACUUAUGUGUCCAGAAAAAUCUCUCAGCUAUUCAAUUAUACAUAAAAGAGGCCCUAUUGCGACCUAAAUCGAUUUCUUCGAAAACAUGUCAGGUGGGAAAACAAAUCUAUGCAAUGGUGUCAAGAUUUAUUACCCAAUUAAAUGAGCAACCGGAACUCGAUAAAAGCAUUGUGAUAAAAUCUUUGCAGGAAGCAUCGGCACUCUACACCAAUGGCAUAACGAUCUACAAAGAAAUCUCUCUCUAUUCCCUCUUGAGGAUAAUGGAGAACAAUUAUGUUGUCGUCUACAAAGCUUUAGAAAGCAACGACACUGCACGAAAACUUUGCCUUCAUGAGAAAUUCUCCAAUAUCUUCCACUAAUUAUAAUCAAGCUGUCUUUGUAAAAUAAGGAAUUAUUAUUAUUAUUAUUAUUCAUUAAUACUAUUAAGGCAGCGAGCUGGCAGAAUCGUUAGCGAACCAGGCAAAAUGGUAGGGCAGUAUUUCAUUUGUGUUUACAUUCUGAGUUCAAGUGACUUUGACUCUGCCUUUCAUCUUUUGGGGUCGAUAAAAUAAGUACCAUCUGUGUGCUGGGGUCGAUCUAAUCAACUUACCCCUCCCCUGAACUUGCUGGCCAUGUGCCAAAAUUUGAAAUCAUCAUUAUUGUUAUUAUUUCUUUUUAUCACAGGUUUUGUUGGAACUCCUGGAGUCUUGCAUGCGUAACGGUUUUACUACCUGCAGCCAACGGUACCAUGCCAUUUGUUCUUUUCACCUCUCUAAUACUUUCCUGAUUAUUCUGGCCAUGCCAAGGAGGCAAACGUUUUGUAACAGUUCUACUGGGCACUCUAUUACAAUUUUCUUUAUAUUCUCUUUGAUGCCUUCUGACACUGUCCCCAGGGACCCAACAAUAAUUAACACUAUCUUCACCUUCUUCAUUCUCCGUAGCUGGGCUAUUUCGUACUUAAAAGGGUUGUAUUUAUCUAUAUUUUUGCAUCCCUUCUUCAUGGGUCAAAGUGUCAUGCAACAUUGACUAAAUAGCACAUGUGGUGCAUCUUGUCGGCCACCAAUAGGUCCGGUCUGUUACACUCUAGCACCUGAUCUGUUUGGAUUGGGAAAUCCCGGAGGAUUUUGCAAGUCUCCGACUCCACCACUCUGUGUGGUUUGUGCUCAUACCACGUCUUGCCUCUCUCUAGCCCUCACUUUUCUCACAGUUUCCAAUGUAGCACCUUCGCUACCUGAUCAUGUCACCACCACUUGUAGAAGUUCUGGGCAAGUCGAGGGCAUUUGUUCGUGAUAUGAGCAGCAAUGGUUUCGUCCACUCUAUUACAGAUGCAGCACAGCAGAUACACUUGCUCGUACCACAGGUUGACCCUCCAAUUCGUGGCCAAAGCUUGGUCUUGCGCUGCCAGUAUUGUACUCUCAGUCUGUUUUUUUAGUGUUCUUUUCUUCAGCCAAUUCCACCUGUUUUCCAGCAACUUCCGCUGUGGCUGCAUGGAAUUGAUUGUGUAGUUGUUUGUUGUCCAACGCUUUUUCAUGUCCUUUUUGUACUUCUUUCUUUGUUUUUCCCCCUUUUCUCUGCUUUUAAUACGUCCUCACAUCUAACUGACGCUACUAAGGUCUCCUUACUUUGGGAUACGAAUCUUAUUAAGUUUCCGAGUUAGAUAUGUACAUAGUCUUCCAUAUUUAUCAAUUCCCUUCCUCCACCUGUUCUCUUCAUGUAUUAUUAUUAUUAUUAUUAUUAUUAUUAUUAUUAUUAUUAUUAUUAUUAUUAUUAUUAUUAUUCCUUCAUAACACAGUGUAAGUAAAAAUGCACCGGAGCCUUUAGUCACCUGUCAAGUCACAACAAGGACCUCACACAGAUAAUACUUUCCUUAAGAUGUGCGCUGUGUCCAAUAAGGCCGCUUUUUGCAAGACAUCAAUCUUGCAUGGGAUUUCUAGUUGCCUUUAGAAGUCUUGUGAGUUAUCAUCAUCAUCAUCAUUAUCGUCGUAAUCAUCAUUAUUAUUAAAUGCCACUAUUGUAAACAAUAUAUUUUUUCUCCAAUUUAUCCAUUUCUGAAUAAAAUUUAACGGUAAAUGUAUAUAAAUUAGUCUUUAAAUUACCUUUUUGUAUACUGCUAUGGAUCUUCCCAAGUGGACAAGUUGCAUAUUGUUUAUGUAAUAAACACUAGACCAGUGGUUCCCACCCUGGGGUCCGCAAAGGUACUACUGGGGGUCCAUGAAUUGAACUCAAAAUUUCAUAUAUAUAUAUAUGUUCUUUUAUUCCUUUAUUUGUUUCAGUCAUUUGACUGCGGCCAUGCUUGAGCACCACCUUUAGUCGA